AUGGAAACUAUUCUGUUCUUCCUCUUUUCACUCAUGGUGUAUGUGGCUGGUAAGUGCCCCCUCCUCCCCUCCACCACUACCACCAACACCAGCACGACUACCGCACUAUCCACAGAGAGGCAGGAGACACAGGGGAGGGCCGUGUCAUGACAUGGCAGGCAUGGGGUUUUGACUGAACAUUAAUGGACUAACUUAUUCUGGAGACUGUGGCUUCCUACCUUUGCAUGCAUUGUACAGUGCGUGUGGGUGUUGAUAUGUAUAUCCCAAGUAUAAUGUAAUAUAUUGUAUAUCACAAGUAUAUUUAGGCCGUGACACACACACACAGGAACUGUGUAACUCUUCCACACUCUUGUUAUGCCGUUAAGAAUCUAAACGUGAAGUCAUAGGUUCAAUACAUCACUUGAGAGAGCAACUGAGCCAUCCAUGUCAUGUCUUCUGGUGUUAUCCACACUGUUUGCCUCUCACUCUUUCUUGUUUGUCAAUCAGACUAACAUUCCACAUUCUAUUGCUUUUGUGUUUUCCCACCUCUGUUCACUUCACAUUCUUUUCGACCUCCCUCUUUUCCUGCCCUCCUUCCCACCUCUGUUCACUUCACAUUCUUUUCGACCUCCCUCUUUUCCUGCCCUCCUUCCAUGUUUCCUGACACCCGUUCCGUAUCCUCUCCAUUCUUUCAUCUGUGUUUUGUUCACACUGCCUGUUCUGUUUUCUCUUUCUUUCACCCUUUCUUAUUUUGUCUCGUUUCUGUCUCCAGACUAUACAUCUCUCCUUUUCCCUCUUCCAUUUCUCCAUCUCUAGAUGUACAUUAUCCUCCAUUCAUCUCCCUCCCACUAUAAUUCAAUGUUUUUCAUGCACUGACUCCCCAUUCUGUGUGAUUCCCUGUCUGUUGAUGUGAAUACACAUGCUGAGUAGAGUGCACACACACGCACGCAUACACACACACAUAAUGGGGUAGUGUAGCAGAUAGAAGGUCUGGGGUUUGUGCAAUGGGCCGGACAGUGUUUGCUGAUGGGAAUUUAGGAAAUUAAUUGACACAGGGAGCGAGGGUUGGAAGAAUAGAGUAGGGGAGGAGGAGGACAGGGGGAUAACUGAGACGGUCCAUUCAACGAAUCAUCCACACGGCCAGUGCCAUUUCACAACCGGAUGUGAAUACCGUAACCUGUCAAGAUCCCUAUCCAAGCUCUGGAUGUGACAUCUUAUUGUAGUUAAAAUAAGAGCCAAUAAAGACCAUCAGAAUUUUGAAUUCUGUUCUAAGAAAUCAUAAGAGUCUCUCUCUCCCUCUCUCUCUCUCUCUCUUAGUAGUAGCAGACCCAAAUGCUGAGGGUGAGUAACCUGUGUGUAAUCAAUGUGUUUAGCCAUGUUAAGCCCAGCCCCAUUAUGCUGUUAGGUACACUACAAGUCAAAAGUUUGGACACACCUACUCAUUCAAGGGUUUUUCUUUAUUUUUUACUAUUUUUUACAUUGUAGAAUAAUAGUGAAGACAUCUAAAAAUAUGAAAUAACACAUAUGGAAUCAUGUAGAAAAAAAAAAGUGUUAAACAAAUCAAAAUAUAUUUGAUAUUUGAGAUUCUUCAAAUAGCCACCCUUUGCCUUGAUGACAGCUUUGCACACUUCACAUUCUCUCAACCAGCUUCACCUGGAAUGCUUUUCCAACAGUCUUGAAAGAGUUCCCACAUAUGCUGAGCACUUGUUGACUCAUCCCAAACCAUCUCAAUUGGGUUGAGGUCGGGGGAUUGUGGAGGCCAGGUCAUCUGAUGCAACAAUCCAUCACGCUCAUUUUUGGUAAAAUAGCCCUUACACAGCCUGGAGGUGUGUUGGGUCAAUGUCCUGUUGAAAAACAAAUGAUAGUCCCACUAAGCCCAAACCAGAUGGGAUAGCGUAUCGCUGCAGAAUGCUAUAGUAGCCAUGCUGGUUAAGUGUGCCUUGAAUUAUAAAUAAAUCACAGACAGUGUCACCAGCUAAGCACCCCCAAACCAUAACACCUCCUCCUCCAUGCUUUACGGUGGGAACUACACAUGCAGAGAUCAUCCGUUCACCCACACUGCGUCUCACAAAGAAACGGCAGUUUGAACCAAGAAUCUCAAAUUUGGACUCCAGACCAAAGGACACAUUUAUAAUGUCCAUUGCUCGUGUUUCUUGGCCCAAGCAAGUCUCUUCUUAUUGGUGUCCUUUAGUAGUGGUUUCUUUGCAGCAAUUCAACCAUAAAGGCCUGAUUCACACAGUCUCCUCUGAACAGUUGAUGUUGAGCUGUGUCUGUUACUUGAACUCUGUGAAGCAUUUAUUUGGGCUGCAAUUUCUGAGGCUGGUAACUCUAAUGAACUUAUCCUCUGCAGCAGAGGUAACUCUGGGUCUUCCAGUCCUGUGGCUGUCCUCUUGAGAGCCAGUUUCAUCAUAGCGCUUGAUGGUUUUUGCGACUGCACUUGAAGAAACUUUCAAAGUUCUUGAAAUGUUCCAUAUUGACUGACCUUCCUGUCUUAAAGUAAUGAUGGACUGUUGUUUCUCUUUGCUUAUUUGAGCUGUUCUUGCCAUAAUAUGUACUUGGUCUUUUACCAAAUAGGGCUAUCUUCUGUAUACCCCCACCUACCUUGUCACAACACAACUGAUUGGCUCAAACGCAUUAAGAAGGAAAGGAAUUCCACAAAUUAACUUUUAAGAAGGCACACCUGUUAAUUGAAAUGCAUUCCACGUGACUACCUCAUGAAGCUGGUUGAGAGAAUGCCAAGAGUAUGCAAAGCUGUCAUCAAGGCAAAGGGUGGCUAUUUCAAAAACUCAAACAUAAAAUAUAUUUUGAUUUCUUUAACACUUUUUUGGUUACUACAUGAUUCCAUAUUUGUUACUUCAUGGUGUUGAUGUCUUCACUAUUAUUCUACAAAGUAGAAAAUAGUAAAAAUUAAGAAACACCCUUGAAUGAGUAGGUGUGUCCAAACUUUUGACUUUUGACUGGUACUGUAUGUACAGCAUUGAAAACUGCUAUGAUUGUUAGAUGUUCGAUACAGCUAGUAUCUCAUUGCCUUGCCUUUCUCUGUGCCUGUAUUUUCAGAUGGUAAAAAGGAAAAGAAAGAGGUGAACCCAUUUGUCUAUGGUAAGCAGACCACUGUUAGUGCAUCUUGAUGCUCUUUCCCAUCAACUGACAAUGUUCCAAUAGCCAUGAAAGAAGACUUUCAUAAGUAGAUGUCCCUCCUCUCUAUGUGUCUCUGUCUCUGUGUAGACUAUCAUAGCCUGCGGAUCUGUGGACUGGUCUUUGGCGUGGUACUCUUCACGCUGGGCAUCCUCCUCAUCCUCAGUAAGUCUUCAUACUUCAGUAAGUCUAACUACGCCACACAUAUUUUAUGCUCUUUGAUUGUUGAUUAAGAUCAUGAUAAUGAUUUGUUGUCCAUUCUAGGCCGAAAAUGUCGCUGCAGUUCCAAUCAGGAGAAGAAGCCCAAGUAAGUCAGCAAUUGUGCCUGAUUGGUAGAUUACAUUUCUGCUCUGAUGUUAUGGGGCUGUGUUCUCCAUCUCUGUUCACCAUGACAACCAACAUCUGUCCUUUUGGUUCUAUUGCAGGGCCCCUGGAGACGAAGAGGCUACGGCAGAGACCCUAAUCGUGUCCAAGGGUGAGACAACUGUCACUACCCACUCACCCCUCACACACCCCUGAGAACACCCUUGACACCAAUCCAUAGUUAUGUUCAACCAUUGGGAAUUAUUCUUUGUAGUCGAUGCCUAGGUCCCCCCUGUUUCGGCCACUUUGAAAUGACUACCCCAACCUGACUGACUUUUCAUGAAGUCAUAUGAGUUUCCUUGGUUCCCCCUCUUCUGUCCAAACACAGCUAAGGAGCCAGAGCCAGAGCCUGAAGCUAAGGCUGAAAACUGAGUCAGCCCAAACAGACUGCCCCCCACCUGACCGACGAUCAACCAUAUCUGCCACUGAACCACCAGUGGUGGAAAAAGUACCCAAUUGUCAUACUCAAGUAAAAAUAAAGAUACCUUAAUAGAAAAUGACUCAAGUAAAAGUGAAAGUCACCCAGUAAAAUACUACUUGAGGAAAAGUGUAAAAGUAUUUGAUUUGAAAUAUACUUAAGUAUCAAAAGUAAAUGUAAUUUCAAAAAUAUACUUAAGUAUCAAAAGUAAAAGUAUAAAUCAUUUCAAAUUCCUUAUAUUAGGCAAACCAGACUAUUUAUUUUACACUCAGACAUAAUUUAAAAAUGAAGCAUUUGUGUUUAGUCAGUCCGCCAGAUCAGAGGCAGUAGGGAUGACCAGGGAUGUUCUCUUGAUAAGUGCGUGAAUUUGACCAUUUUCCUGUCCUGUUAAGCAUUCAAAAUGUAACGAGUACUUUUGGGUAUCAGGGAAAAUGUAUGGAGUAAAAAGUACAUUAUUUUCUUUAGGAAUGUAGUGGAGUAAAAUAAAAACUUGUCAAAAAUAUAAAUAGUAAAGUAAAGUACAGAUACCCCAAAAAAUUACUUGAAGUGGUAUUUUAAAGUAUUUUUACUUAAGUACUUUACACCACUGUGAACCACUACCUAAGGACCAACACAAUGACCAUGACGGUGAUGGCGACAAAGAUGAUAACGCUGACGAUGACAAAGAUGAUACCGAUGAUGAAGAAGAAUUAUGAUGAAUGAAGAUGAUAAUGAAGAAUGAAGAUGAUGCAAAAGGAAUACUGUAGAUAGAAGUGUGUAGAGGGGGGUGGGGGGGAUAAUGCAGAUGUAAAUAAACCUCUAGCCUAUUGUUCCGUGCUCGGUGUCUGUAUACGUGUCUCAGUGAUCUCGUGUGCACCUGUGCCUUUCUGCGACAGUCUGUCUCCAGUUUGUUGUAUUAGCCAGUGACACCUUUUUGCAGAUCGUCUUUACCCCAGUUCUUAAUAAUAAGAGAUGUUGUUCUUGUUUGUGUUUAGCUUAUAUUCUGUGUUUCUGUCAUCUUUACUGUUUGCUAUAUUUUUAUGAGUUGUUAUUAUCACUACCACUCUUGUAACAAUUGUCCUCAAUGCCGUUUUUCACGUGGUAGAUUAUAUACAAUAUAUACAUGCAUAUAUUAGUAUAAAUAGCCUAUACACAGUAUACAGUUAUAGCUAUAUAUAUUUCAAUAUAUGUGUGCCUGUGUGGGUACAUGAGUUUGGGUGGUGUGUUUGUAUGUGUGUGUCUGAGAGUUAGUGUGUAUUUGACAGUUGCGCCUUACACACAAGAAUCCAACUGCCACAGUUUGCUGACCAAGCACAAGAAUGCAUCAGAGUUAACUAGGAGCUCACCAACAGUACACACUGUAGUAAAGUGAGCUCCUACAUCAGCUGUAUCACUGCCUUGUCCUAGACAACCGUCCAAUCUAGUCUCCUCCUCUGUCAUUGGCCGAGCCGGGCGAUACCGCCCUCAGAGGCAGGCUAUGAUUGGACGGUUCCCAUACACACACCAGUGCCGCAAAUCUGUGUCCUCUAUCGUUUAGUUGAGAAGUUACAGUAGCCGAUUGCAAAAUCAGUCUCUCAACCAAUGGUGUCUUGCUGUUUUGUAUUGUAUGAUUGAUCAUGCAUUUAGUUAAUGAGAGAGUGGGCCUGUGUGUGAGUGAGAGAUAGUGUGUGUGAGAGAGUUUCUGUGUAGACACUAACUGUGCCAGGGUCAUAGUUUUAGACGCCAAAUUAGGUGAAGAAAAUAAAAGGAAAAUAUAAUUUUCUCUGUAUCAGACGUCAGGUAAAGCUUAUGUCAUGCAUUCAGAUAUAUGGAGUCUUAUGCAGAGUAUCAUUGUUACAAAAAAAACUGUCACGACAAUAAGUAACUGCUCUGUUCAUUCUGUGCAUAAGGUUGUGUUGUAUAGCUGCAUUUUGUGCUUUUAACAUAGAAAUAAAGUGUCUAUCACCAAUAACCUUCACGUAUUUGUUAAUUUAUACAGUUUUAGUUGUAAUUUUAUCUUAUGGUUUACUUGUAUAGUUUAAUUAUGGAGAAAAAUAGCCACCAACCACUGCUCAUCUGUGAUUCUGGUCAUACUUGUGGUAAGCUACAAAGUCAUACUACCAAGAACUACAACACAAUGACAAUGCAAUCAACCUGCCAAUGUCGAACUCAAAGUCACUCAAGGUUGUAUGAGUGCUACUUCAAAGGUAGGGUACAAAAUGGCGUGAAUUUCCUCCUAGGUUAGUCACAGUAAUGUGAAAACUGCGCCUCAAUGAUUCCAAAGGUUACCAUCUUACACUAUUUAUAAGCUCUGAAGGCCACACUUUAUAGGCCCAUAAACAUGUAAAUGGAUGGCUGGUGGGGUAGGGCAAGCCGGGCAGGCUGAAUUGUGGGUGUCACAGAGUGAGAGAUGGGGGAGUGAAUGGGGUAGACGGGGCAGGAGGUGACUGGACUGCAGCUGACUACAGAGACAGAAGGACACACUCAGCCAGAGGAGCCUUCCAGCACCACAGGUCCACAGGUGAGUCCAAUCUGGAUGUACUGAAUGCUAUGACUAGAGAUUGAUAGACCGUUAGUACUUCAAAUACAUAAUACUUGAUGAUACCGAGGAGCACUUGUUGGAUAAAUGUAUACCUACUUGUUGAAUUAUUGUUUAUUUAACUCAAGCAACUCAUAAGCAAUCACAGCUAGCUAGUUGGGAAAUACUUUACAGUUGGGAAAAGGGCCAGCUUUUCAUGCAUCAUCUGCUUUUGAUCACAAUCUUUAUCAUAUCAAUAACAUGGUGUAUUACUCUUCGAUACAAACAUAUUGAUCAGUGAAAGACAAAACUAUGCUGGUCUAUAAUUACACUGUAUAAUAUUAUCGAACUAGCAAUAAGCCUUUAUUGAUGUUCACUUUCUCAGGGUGCUCUACAAAUCAGAUUUUACUCGUCUACAUGCGCCAAAUGCAACGGGUGUAAACUUUACCUGCAAAAUGCUUGCUUACAAGCCGUUCCCAACGAUUCAGAGUUUAAAAAUAAUAAUGCCAUAUUGAGUAGAUGUAAAAGCAGAAGUAUUCUUGUCUCAUAUGAAUGAAUGCCUUUUAGAGGGUGAUUGUAGGGGGUGUCAAGAUUAAUGAAUUGAGUUGACAUUUAGGCAAUGAAUACCUUUUCUAUUUAAGUAUGUCACUUAUACAUUGAAAAACCACACACACAGAAUACUUAAAUACACAGGUCUACACACACGCACAUACACUCUCACAACUCGUACUUACAUACACGAGACUACCCGAACAAAAUAGACUCAGGGAUGUUUUAAUCUCACAAUCCAUGUAAGUUAAUGAUUAAAGAGGAGAGAUUUAGCUCAAAAGAACAGAACAGAGUACUGUGUGUGUGUGUGUGUGUGUGUGUGUGUGUGUGUGUGUUGUGUGUGUGUGUGUUGUGUGUGUGUGUAAAUCAUUAUCUCUACUACCCUCUCUAGAAAUUAGUCAGAUAUAAAGGCUGAAGAUGAAGAAUGAGCUAAAGCAUUUUGUUUGGACAUCUAGAGUUCCUUAUCCUGUCAACGGACUUUCAUAAAACCUGGAUAAAACCAUUAAAAACCAUUCCCCAGAUGUAUUAACCUCUACGGGAUCGGUGCCCCAUAUACGGGACGGUUGAGCUAACGUGCGCUAAUGUGAUUGGCAUGGCUGUUGUAAGUAACAGCAAACUUUCCAGGACAUAGACAUGUCUAAUAUGGGCAGAAAGCUUAAAUUCUUGUUAAUUUAACUGCACUGUCCAAUUUACAGUAGCUAUUACAGUGAAAAAAUGCUCUUGUUUGAGGAGAGUGCACAACAACAAAAAACGUAUCACGGCAACUGGUUUGAUCCAUUCACCUCUGAAGGUAAAUAAUGUACUUACAUUCAGUAAUCUUGCUCUGAUUUGUCAUCCUAAGGGUCCCAGAGAUAAAAUGUAGCAUAGUUUUGUUUGAUAAAAUCAAUUUUUAUAUUCAAAUGUAGGAACUGGGUUCUACAGAUUGAACCCCUGCUGUCUCUGGCUCCACACCCACCCCGCCCGGCCAUCUAGAUGUGUGAAAGUUAGUGUAUAAGCUAAUGUUCCAUCAUGUAUGACAUUCCUGGGAGUGUGUAAACUUACAUUUUGUAUUACCAUUUCAUUUUUGAAUGUUCUCUAUAGUUAUGUACUUGAAAAUGUAUAAAUUGACCAAUUAGGCACAUUUGGGCAGACUUGACACAAAAUAGUCCAGAAUUGCAAUGAUUAACUGGAUCAAUCUGAAACGUUGCACACACACUGCUGCCAUCUAGUGGCCAAAAUCUAAACUGCGCCUAGACUGCAAAAUUAUAUAAUGGCCUUUCUUUUGCGUUCAAAGAUGAUGAAGAAAAAAUUGUAUUAUCUUUUACCAAAUCUAAUGUGUUAUAUUCUCCUACAUUAAUUUCACAUUUCCACAAAAUCCAAAGUGUUUCCUUUCAAAUGGUAUAAAGAAUAUGCAUAUCCUUGCUUCAGGUCCUGAGCUACAGGUAGUUAGAUUUGGGUAUGUCAUUUUAGCCGAAAAUUGAAAAAAAGGGUCCGAUCCUUAAGAGUUUAAAAACAGAUUAUUGGAAUGUAAUCUAUCUGAAUCCAUAACCACAUGAGACAAUGGAUUUCAGAACUAACAUAAUGCCUGUUUUCAUUGGUAACGAUACUGACAUAAAUGAUUUGCUAACUAGACAAACAAAGAUAUGUUACAUAUUGACCACUUUUUCCCUGUCAGCAAUGCCAGUGCCAAACCAAAACAGAUUUUCUAAGCAUACCAAACUACAAUGGAUGACUAGGGACCCAUCAAAUGUUAUUGUAGACAUGGAUACAGCUUUUGUAUAUCUCUUACUCAUUUCCUUCAUCCUAACAGACACUCAAACAGACCAGCCUCCAUGUCCGCCGCUGGAGGUACGUUUUACACUACUGAAUUUCAAUUACCGGUACUAGACACAAAUAGCCCAGUUUUUUCCCCAGAGGUCUAAAGUUUUGACUCACUAGGUUAUAUUAAAGUUCAUGAUGAUUUACCAUAAUAUAUUUAAUUUGUCCUAUAUACAAAACAUAUAUAACAACCUGGAGAUCUUGCCCAUAGGUGUCCCCUCCCGUCCCAGUUUUCUCUUAUAUCAUGGGUUUUGCAGGCAAUAGCCACAACCUGUGGCCUGAUCAUGUUUCAUGUACACCAUUAGCCAGUCAGGUAAUGGGCAGAAAGCCACAGGAAACCAUGUGCUAGCUCUGUUCUUGUUCUAGCUACACAGUAAACAUUGAUUUACUAUGCUAUAGCCACAGAGACCGACACAAGCUAGCUAGCUUCAACUGUGAGACAUACAGUACAUAUCCCAAAGCACCUUCACAUACUCAAACAAACCACUCUCAGUCACCACUACUUCCCAUUGACUGAGUGAGACACAACAUAUUAGCCUGCUCCUUAUCUAUAUGGAGCAGUCAAACAAAACAGGGACCAUGUUGGCAUGACCUGCUCUGGGAGAUUUACAUUGACUUUCUGUGGGUCAGGUAGACUUUUGAGUCAGUCAUAUAUUAUUAGACACCGGGUCGUUCGAGCCCUGGAUGCUGAUUGGCUGAAAAUCAUGGUACUGUAUAUGAGACAAUAUACCACAGGUAUGAUGCAAAACUACUUGUUUACUGUUCUCAUUACGUUGGUAACCUGUUUAUAAUAGCAAUAAGGCACCUCAGGGGUUUGUGGUAUAUGGCCAAUAUACCGCUGGGAGACUGAAUAUACGACGGCUGAGGGCUGUAUCUAGGCACUCUGCGUUGCGUCGUGCUUAAAAACAGCCUUUAGCCAUGGUAUAUUGGCAAUAUACCACAUCCCCUUGGGUCUUAUUGCUUAAACAUUCUAUGCUCUGAACUCUGGUAGCCCCCAAAACUAGGCCCCUAUAUGGCAAUGAAAGCCAGGGGGCUGGAGGUGGGUGUGUAUGUGUUGACAUUUACAUUUACAUUUUACAUUACAUUUAUGUUGACCAUUACUUCAACACUAAUCUCGGUUAACCCAGAACAAAAAUCUUGCAGAAUUGAGUUUAUGUAGUCUGUCCACUAGAGAUUACCUCAACACAAACCAGUUCAAGGGAAUAUACAACAUACAGUAUGGUGUAUGUUUGUUUAUGUACAUUGGAUGGGGAUCAUUGAACUGCAUGGCAUUUGGAAUUGGGCCACAGAAAAUCUAAAUCCAUGAAUAUAGACAGGAGCCUCCUGUGUAGGCAGCCAUUGACGCUUACCCAGAUCCAUGUAGAGGGAAUCAGAGGGGACCACUUUACUUCAUUAUGAGUCUACCCCUCUCCUGGGACAACAGUAUGUUUCUCUGUCUACUCUAUAUCUGUCACUCCUCUGAGUGUAUUGGCCUGUAGAGUGUAGAUAUCCUCUUGGAUCUUAUCUCGUGUUCUCUGCUCUCUCCUCAGCUCCUGAGUACGACCCUGAUGCAGAAUUUGUGUAUGGUAAGAGACAACAAAAUGGUACUGCACGAAAUCAUUAUCUGAUAGAGAUAGUAAUUUGGUAAUUUGAUAAUGCCUAAUGGCAAGGAGAGAAUGAGAGAGAAUGAGAGAGAGACAGAGAGCGAGAGACAGAGACAGAGAGAGAAAAAGAGAGAGAUGUUACCAUGGGUAAGCUUAUGAUGAGUGUGUCCUCUGUGUUGUAGACUACCAGACUCUGUGUAUUGGAGGUCUGACCUUCGUUGCAGUCAUCAUGAUCCUGUCUGUUCUCCUGCUGGCAAGUGAGUCCCCAGACCAGACUGUGUGUGUGUGUGUGUGUGUGUGUGUGUGUGUGUGUGUGUGUGUGUGUGUGUGUGUGUGUGUGCACUCUCUCCAACCUGACUGACUUAAAGCGAUCUAAAAAACCCACCUUAAACCAAUUUAAUGAUAGUGUUCUCUAUUGCCUUGCUGUCUUUUAGGGGCAUGGGAAGUACUGUAAUAGACUGUAUCAUCAGUACUCACUGAUUGUUUUACAUUCUCAUCCCCUAGGCAACAAAAUCCGCCGGUGUGGAAAGCCCAGGGUGAGUGUCCUGAUAUCAGACAAUGGAAUACAAAAAAUAUGAGAUAUAGGCUACAUCUUGAAUAUGUGAGGCAGUCCAAAUCCCUCCUUCAUUGGUCAAUGAAUAAAUAUGUGGUAUUGUUGAAACCAUAGUGAUCCAUUGAGCAAGUUGUUCUCAAAGAAAGCAGUUAUGAAGCAGUAUUUAAGUGAUAUCUGCUGGUCAUUUUGAGACAUAGAGUAAGGGGUCUGGAAGACUUACUUGACUGAAGCGCUUGGCUCCUGUAAGGAGCAUAGGCCGUUGAUGAAUGCCCUCCAUCUCACUCGAUUUGGGCCAAGUUUUUCCAGGUCACACCAGUUGUGGCAGCUCUCAGUGAUUUCCGCCUGGACGUCUCUCCUCCAAGUGUUUCUUGGGUACUGGAAGAACACAAGAUUUUUCAUGAAUGAGGAAUGGUGGUCCACAAUGUAUAUCGUUUUAAUGAAUCAGCUGUACAUAUUGCUAUAUGUAAUAGUAUGAGUAAUUUAGGCUUUCAUUUACAGUCAUACCAAAAUACAUGUGUUAAAUACUUGACUGUUAGAGCUAUCUACUACACCUGAAGGGAGGAAUAUAAAUGGCAUUGUAACAGUCACUAUUUUUACAAGUCACUAUUUUUACAAGAGAAUAUUCAGUGAAUAUUCAGUGAAUUAUAUUGUUAAUGUCCUGCCCCUCUGCUAUGUGUGUUCCAGCCAAAGAAAGGUUGAAGAGGAACACCUACCGUAGGACGGCUGGGCACUUGUAUGUUGUUGACUGUAAUGUGUGA